UCCGGGCAAGUCAGAGUUGGGUCUUACAGAAGUUAGACCCACUUUCUCUUAGGCGCUUUCCAGCAGCUUUUUCGCGCGUCCAAAGUGGGCGACAGGGGGUAAAUCCUCUGCUAAGCAUUCUCGGUGCUUUUUUUGCAUCUGUAUUUUGUACUUUCAUAGCUGUUAUUUUGCUACAGAAGGCGAAAUAUUGCUUAUAUUUUGUUUGUUUUGGUCGAGAUGGAGUUCUAAACAUGGUCGCCAUUCAGAAUUUUGUCGGUCCUUGCUCAUGCAACGGAACGGCCUUCGGGUCUUACUCAGAUAUUGAAGUAGAUGCAAGAGAGUGUAGAAGAAACAGAAGAUAUGGACAGGAAAACCAACAACCGGGCUUCUUCUGUCCCACCUAAAGGAAAUGGGUCGGAUUCGGGCAACCGGAAGUCAGAUAAUGGAAGACAGACUAGAAAACGAGACAAUGGAAAUAACAGACCAAAACAAGAGCCUGGAUUUCAGAGAAAACAGCCUGUGCCGCAGAAGUCAAAAGCAUUUUCUGAUAAAAGACCUCAAUCUAGAGGCAACAAACAUAACAGACAGAGGGAUGAGGUAGCAAAGGAGGACAGGGCUGGACCUGAGUUGGGUUCGGCUCUGAGGCCCUUUGGCAAAAAGACCAACCUCAACCAUUUACUGAAUUUUACUUUUGCCCCACGUGAGCAAGACUAUUCAGCAAGAACAAGGACUAAUGCAGGUCGUAGGAAGGUUAGAUACAACAAGGAGCAGUUCUUACAGGCGAAUUGCCAGUUCAUUGUGUCAACUGAUGGCGAUUACACUUUGAAUGCAGUAGAUCCAGACAGUUUGGUGGGCUGGGAACAUAUUGAACAAGUAAGAAUUUUCAGUUUUGAGGUACCUUCCUGUCCCAUUUGUUUAUAUCCCCCUGUAGCAGCCAAGAUAACCCGCUGCGGCCAUAUUUACUGCUGGACCUGCAUGCUGCACUAUCUGUCCUUGACAGACAAAACCUGGAACAAGUGCCCUAUUUGUUAUGAGGCAGUGCAUAAAGAAGACUUAAAAAGUGUGUCAGCUAUGUCAGUCCACCAGUACAGCCCUGGUGACCAGAUAACAAUGAGACUGAUGAAAAAGGAGAGGGGAACUACGUUUGCAAUGCCAAAAUCACAGUGGGAACCCAGAGAGGGAAGACCCUACAGAGUUGAUGAUAAGGUUGAUACACAUUUUGCUAAACUGCUCCUGGCAUCAGGCAGUUUUGUGAAAGACUUGAUAAAUGAAGAAAAACUGGCACUGGAAGAAAAAAUGGGACAGGAAACAGAUACUUUGGAAGAAUCCUUUAUCGAAGGGGCAUUGGAGAUAUUAAAGAGUAAACAAGGGGUUAAGACUGAGGUUGAAGCUGUGACAACAAGACUCCAGUUGUCAGACUUGACUGUAGAGGAUAAAGAGGAGGAGGUAGUGCCCAUUGUCAAAGUAGUGAGUGAGAAUGUUGUUGAGUAUGUGUCGGCAUUUGAUGAUGUGGAAGAAGAGAAAAAACCAAUAGAGGCUGCUGCCACUGCCAUGGACACAAACACCUCAGACAGCUCUGAAAUGAAUGGCUCAAGUCAACAUAUGGAACACAUGGAGGAAGACAAAAGUGCUGACCACAGUGCAAGCAUUGGUGAAGUUAGAGUGGACAGUGGGCAGCCUAUGGUAGACAGUUGUCUGGUUGAGAAUCCAGUUGACCAGGAAUUAACAGUGGAAGAGGCUGCCGAGGAACUGGCCCUGCCACCAGCACCUAAACAGUCUGCACAGAAGUUUUUUUACUUCUAUCAAGCUUCUGAUGGCCAGAAUAUCUACAUGAAUUCCUUGAACAUCCAAAUGCUGGUCCAGGAGUAUGGUAGUCUGGAGAACUGUCCUGAAACCAUCACAGCUUCCAUUGUGGACAUGGAGGGAAUCUUCAUGACAGAGGAGUUGCGUAAACGUCUGCGAUACCUGAGCCACAUGCCUCUUACCUGUGAAUUCAGUGUGGCAGAGCUUGCGCUGAAAUCGCCAAUAGUUUCCAAAGAGACUAUUAAGAAAUUUGCAGGUCAGAUAGAUCACCGUAGAAGAAUGCGACAGAGGAAAGCUAGGGAGGAGCACAAGAGAGCGAAAAAGAUCCAAGCAGAAGAAAACAAAAAAUAUGGAAUUUACCCAGAACUGAGAGUACCACUGGAAAGUAGGUCCCAGUUCCCAGAGUACAGCAACAGUGAAGCUCUGACUGAUAGCCCUGGACUGAGGUCCUCAUCUCCUUUGACCACUGCUUCCACCUCCUCUUCAGCAAACACACCCUUUGGAAGUCCUCUGUCAACACUGAAGCCACUUGCAGCAGAAUUUCAGCCAGGUUCUCCAAUCAGUGAUGAUGGUCAGUCAAGUACUCCUUCCUUUGCACAGAUGCUAAAGGCUGGCAAGGCCAAGCCCAGUCCAGUAGCAGCCUGGCCAGUGCAGACGUCCAGCACCCCCUCCAGACCCCCCGGCCACAGCCCUGGGUCAGAUGAGAACAGUGACAGUGAGGACAGGGUGCCAGUGCCAGUGUUCCAGACGUCAUUUGGGGAUGCCAUUCAAGCUGCUCUGGAUAAACUAGAUAGCCCAGGCACUGUGGAAGUAGCUGUGAAUAAUGGUAUUCCAAAGGAAGCUCCAACUACUGGGAAAAAGAAGAAGAAAGGAAAAACUUUGCUCUUCUCCACUUCAAUGGCACGGUCAAAGUAGAUGGGACACAGGCUGAGAAUUAUACCAUGUUUGAUUGUAAUUGAAUUAACAGCACAGACAGCAAUGCUGUAAAUAUAUUUACCAAAAUGCCAAUUAUCCAAGAUAGCCCAAAGUCCUGGAAAUUAGCAUACAAGUAAGAGGAGGUUGGAUCAUUAGUAAUGACAGACUAGUGAGGGCAGUGCAGCAACAAAUAAAAGCUGACAAAAUUUUAUCUUCUGAUAUCUUUCUGGGUUCUUUCUUGUAAGUUCUGUGGAAUUAAGUCUGUUGCACAUAGUCACCAUGUUCUGUGUGAUACUUUUUUUUAUUGUUUUCUAAGACAUUCAGUGUGCAUAGAGGUUCACCCUUAUUGCUGAGAGGUUGUUUUACCUCACCCCACAUGAUUCUUGCACAUACUUUAGACUCGCAUGACCUCACACAGUACUUACAGGCUCCUUUAAGGCUUUCUUGGAGGAUUCCCAUUGGAAAAACUAAUAGCUUGGAUUUGUAUGCCCAAGUUCAUCCUGCACAGUUUAUGCAGCUGCUUCAAUAUGCAUACGGGGAUUGUAAGUUGAUGCGUUGAUAGACGUUAAAAACAUUGUAGGCUUUUGUCAUCUUGAAGUUACUUUUGUCUUUGAGUGUUGGCUUCACAUGAUGUUUACUUUUUGUCUUAUGAUGGUAAAAUGUAAUGUUAUCAAGAAGAGGGGAGGGGUAGAUUUUUACUCUCCCCCCCCCUUUCCUGAACCAAGGCAUGCUGUAGGUUUUAGCAGUAUGACAGGAAAAAGACCAUUACUGGUCACGUUUGUAUAUUUUAGUUGUGCAAUUAUUUUCCAGGACUCAUGGGCAAUUUUUUUUCCAGAAUUGAAAAUUGAAUUAUUUGCUUGUGACAUAUCAAAUGGAUUUAUAACCCACCCAAAAAUGGUGGAAAUAAUUUUGAAUAUUAAUGUUACGUGAAAUGAGACGUUGCACGAUUUCGUUUUCCACAGUGAUGAACGCAGGAUCUAUAUAUAUGUGAAAAAUAAUCAUUUAUUAUCCAUUGUAUUUCUUAUCCAUUGUAUUUGCAAUACAAUUAAUCAUAGACGUUAAGAAACUGUUCCUCUAACCUGACAUUAUGCAGGUUCUUGAAUUUGUGUACUGAGCUUGUUGAAAACAAAAUUGUUGCUUUUUUCUUGUAGUCGGGCAUGAUUACAUCAUGAUAACAAAAUGGGUGAGUUUUGUUUUAGGCUGUGGUACAGGGAUUUAUAUCUGAUCAAUAAACUUUACACAGUUAUAAC